CGCCCCAAUAACAAACAACCCCCCUCUCAAUCUUCUUAUACCAUAACAUUGCCAACUCCGAACCUCUCAGAGACCUCAGACACACAACCAACGACCACCCAGAAGUUUCCCUCAACCUGUCUCCUUCUCUUCCUCUGCCGGAAAACCAAUUUUCCGGUGGUGGGUAGGGAAUUUGACGGCAAAUUCCAUCUGGGUUUUCUUACUUUUUUGAUUCUGUUGUUGGUACAUCUGUUAUUGGGUUUCUUGUUUUACAAGGAUGGUGAUGAAAGUUGCGACUCCAAGAAGGACAGCGUCUCUAACAGAGAAGGUGUUGCAGAGAGUGUAUGGGAAUUUCAAUAACAUCAAUAGUAAUCAUCAUCAUGGGAAUCACCAAUUGAUGCACAGAAGGUGUUUGAUUGAAAGCGAGGAUUUUGAUUAUGAGGAGGACGAUGGGAAUAUGGAGUUGAUGCAGAUUGGUGCUGAGAGGACCAAGAAUGUCUUGAUAUUGAUGAGUGAUACGGGUGGUGGUCACCGUGCCUCCGCCGAAGCCAUCCGUGACGCGUUCAAGUUGGAGUUUGGGGAUGAAUACAGGAUAUUUGUUAAGGAUGUUUGGAAGGAGUACACAGGCUGGCCUUUGAACAAUAUGGAAAGGAGUUACAAGUUCAUGGUUAAACAUGUCCAGCUAUGGAAAGUAGCGUUUCACGGUACCUCCCCAAGAUGGAUUCAUAGCUGCUAUUUAGCCGCCAUUGCUGCCUAUUAUGCCAAAGAGGUGGAGGCUGGUCUAAUGGAGUACAAGCCAGACAUUAUCAUCAGUGUCCAUCCUUUGAUGCAACAUAUUCCUUUAUGGGUUCUUAAGUGGCAAGGUCUUCAAAAGAAAGUGAUAUUUGUUACAGUCAUUACAGACCUUAAUACCUGCCAUCCGACAUGGUUCCAUCCUGGGGUUAACAGAUGCUACUGCCCGUCAAAUGAAGUAGCCAAAAGGGCUUUAGAAGAUGGCUUAGAAGAGUCUCAAAUUCAGGUUUUCGGUUUACCUAUUCGACCUACUUUUGCUCGUGCAGUUCUUUCCAAGGACCUGUUGAGGGAAGAGCUUGAAAUGGAUCCUAACUUACCUGCAGUUUUACUAAUGGGAGGAGGUGAAGGCAUGGGCCCUGUCAAGAAAACUGCAAGGGCUCUUGGAGAAUCAUUAUUCAAUAAAGAAUUUGGGAAACCAAUCGGGCAAUUAGUUAUCAUAUGUGGCCGCAACAAGGCCCUUUUGUCCUCACUGGAAUCCGAGGAAUGGAAGAUCCCAGUUAAGGUUAGAGGAUUCGAAACCCAGAUGGAGAAAUGGAUGGGAGCUUGUGACUGUAUCAUUACUAAAGCUGGUCCUGGUACAAUAGCAGAGGCAUUGAUCAGAGGGCUUCCAAUCAUUCUCAAUGACUACAUUCCUGGACAAGAGAAGGGCAAUGUGCCUUAUGUGGUGGACAAUGGUGCUGGUGUAUUCACCAGAAGUCCUAAAGAGACGGCAAGAAUUGUCACGGAAUGGUUCAGCACCAAAACAGACGAGCUUAAGAGAUUAUCAGAGAAUGCACGUAAACUGGCACAGCCGGAAGCCGUGUUCAACAUUGUAAAGGACAUCAAUGAGCUUGCUAGCCAACGUGGUCCGCUAGCUAAUGUCCCUUACGUAUUGACUUCCUCAUUCACAAGCCUAAUAUAAUCUUCAUAGCUAUCUCGAAUUUGAAAAGUCGAAAAAAAAAGAGGUUAGGAUGCUUGUACAGCUAGCUCUAUUAUCAUCAUUCUUUGCUUCUAAAAGGCUUUGGUCCCCAUAGCAGUAGUUAAAGUUCUGCUAAAUAAGCACUGAUGUUUGGAAGGGUUGUGUUCAUUUUUCUUCUGGUUGGGCGGUAUUUUAGGGUCAAGUUAGUAUUGUGUUGUAUGUAAGAUGUCAUUGUUGGAAAAAUAAAAUAUAUCCAUAUGGGCUUAGUUGCUCUCAAGUGAAGAAACUAAACCUUACAAGGCUUGAGAAAUGUCAAAAAAUUAAGCUUUAUAAGCA